AUGUUCGCAACGGCAACUCGUAGGGGUGGCCUCUGCGAUGGCGUCUUGAGGACGCUCGACGGCGGCGUCUUCUGGGUUCACCGCGUCAUGCUGUGCUCCCUCAGUCCCUUCUUCACGGUGCUGUACACCAACCCCAUGGUCAAGGAGCCGCCUUGGGACGUGAUGCUUCGCGGAGUAAGCGCCGCCAUGUUGGAACAGCUCAUCUGCUUCUGCUACACUAAGCAGAUCCACGUGACCAACGCCAACGUGGAACAGCUGCUUGAAGUGGCCGACAUGUUCCUGGUGGAGGACCUCGUGCAGCUGUGCUGCUCCCACCUGCGGAGGGAGCUGAGCAUCGGGAACAGCAUGGGCAUGUAUCGGGUGGCCGACCACUACUACUGCCCCCAGUUCAGGGAGAAAGUGAUCCAGUACGUCUGCGAACACUUCUCCGAGAUCACUCGCCAAAGCGAAGAGUUCAUCCACACGCCCUACGAGUACCUCCGCAGCCUCCUCUCCAUGGACGAACUGAACGUACGCAACGAAAAUUACCUGCUGGACGUGUUGCGUCGCUGGGUCGACUACAACCCCACCGUGCGCUCGUCCUUCCUCUCGAGCCUGUUUCAGGGCGUCAGAGUGGGACUCUGUUCCCCCGAGUAA